AUGGACGACCAGAUGCAAGAACUAUUGCGUCUACACGAAACCGGCCAUCUUGGUCGGCUGCUCGACUUGGCCGGGAAAAGACCCACGUUCAUUUCGGAAAUUCUUGAAACUUAUGAAGACGUGGAUGUAGAUCCGGUUCUGGAAUACAUGUCGGAUCUUCAUAUUAGAAAAGUCCUCUUUUGGCGGCUGACAUCCACCAUCAGGCGGCAUAAGCUGCCGUUUGGGUUAAAUAUGACUAUUCUUGCACUGUUCGUGGUUGCUCCGGUGGACAUGUUGAGAUUCAGGCUGGAUAAACUGGAGAAGGACAUUGAGAAGAACAACUGGAUCGGGGUCCACGAAUUUAUUGACAAAUGCAGCAUCGCUGUCGCCGGUAUCCAGGAGUGGCGACAAGUCAAGGGAUGUGGUAAUGAUACCAUUUUACGUUCAGCAAAGCUUUGCAAAGAACGAGACCGGAGUGAAUGUAUAAUCGCCGACAUCGAGGAUCCUGUAGUCGUCCCCAUCUUCCCCUUUGAGAAUUUGGCCAAUACUUUAUCUACUCUGGAGACAUUUUGGGGUACUGAGACAGCUACUCGUCUCUCUGCUCUUAUUCAGGACCAAAAUAUUUUGGAAUCAUCCCAAAAUUUGUUAUCUCUCGAUCGAAACACGGGUUGGUCAUUUCUCAAAGGAGAGAUUGCGUUUAAGCCGUUGCAUGACACGGCCACCGGCUCGAUCGAACUCCAGCUUCACUGGCUUAAAAAAAGCAGACUGAAACCAGGACAACUCUUUAGAGGAGAUAUAUGGGCCUGGAGGACGAUGAUGUCAGCCGGCAUUGCAAGCGACGAAGGCAUUGCCAGCAAAGAUUGGGGAUCUGAUUUGGCCUACCACGACAGCUUUUUGCGCGGGGAAACUGCUUGUACUUUUACUCUUCGCCAAGACAGCGAAAUCGAGCCUCCGAGCUUUGAGCUCCUGCAACUUUCGUGGGACUUGCUUCGUGUUGCCGUAAUAUGUGGAGCAACCAAACCACCUAGUAGGGGGAAUGAAUACAUUGAUGAUGAUGAUGAUGAUGAUGAUGAUGAUGAUGAUGAUGAUGAUGAUGAUGAUGGCUAUUACCGUUAUGAUGGUGGUAGUGAUGGUGACGAUUAUGAUAACGAUAAUGGUUAUGAUGAUGGUGGACCUGAUGAAGUUGAAUCAUAG